AUGAAUCUCGCUCACGGCGGUGAGGAGGACCCUUCCCAUCAUACUGGCGGCGGAGGGGUACGUAAUGGAAACACUGGGGACACUAGCGGCCCAAAUCUGCAAUCGAAUAAUCCCUUCAAACCAGAGGCGGAAGAGCGUGACCUCAAGGCGUUCACUGUUUCUGAUGCCACCACAGGUGACAAAGGGCACGAAAGUGCUCCAAAAGAAGAUCUUGAAAAUGUCAUGUUCUUGGGGAAAGGCAGUGGACCUCAUGAGGAGGAGUUACAUCGGACUAAUGAGCCCGCCGAUACGGAUGCAACAGGUUUUACGGAACCACAUCCUACUCGUGAAUUGGAUGAAAAGAAUAUAUCUGAUGUUCAAAAACCUCACAAUAACGUUAAGAGUGGAACAUUUGCUACUACACUACCUAUUGAUUCCGCAGUGCUUGCAAAGACAAGUAGUACUCCAGGUACUACAGCGGAGCAACAUAAGAGGGGAUUGUUUGGGUUAAAGGGAUCCAAAAACGUUCCCGAGCCUGUAGAAAAAGAUUCUCCGGAGCAGAAAAGUAACAUUGUUCGCGAUGCCUUUGGAAAGAUGCAUCUAGGUAGGAGAAGCUCUGGGAAUUCUCAUACACAGAGUGCAGUUGCUCCAUCAACAGAGUCGGGCGCCGAUAAUCAAAAUUCAGCUGGGCGUGAGGCAAUCACGGAGAGGAAUGGAGAGUAUGAUUCUGAGGCACACCACUUGUCACCAUCGGAAGGUUCACAAGCUAGCACGAACAAUGGGGCUGCUUCCAAGGUGAAAGAACGAGAUUUUGUUCUGGGGAGGAACGACAGGUUUGCGGAUAAGCAACCCGACAAAAAGCUCAAUCAAAGUGUUCCGGGGGUUGUUCAGACAGGAGGUCAAAAGCACCCCGCCGAAGAGCCAGACACGCUCACUGAGAGCGCACCCGUCACAUCUGAAGUUGCAACUUCAGGCGUGGCCGAAGAUGGCCGUCUUGCAGAGAAAAUCGAUCCUACCCUUGAAAGAAGAGAGAUUCAAACCUCUGGCGGUAUGUUGGGUGGAAACUACGAUGUCACUGACGCUUUCAACUCUCGUAGUAGAGAGGGAGACACUUUAGAUCCCAAACCCCGCGAAGUAGACCCUCACCAUGUCGAAGCUUCUUCGCAAGCAAAGGAUGUAAAUACUGGGGGUGGCACUUCAAAUUUCCAUAAGGCGGAGGGUGCGCCAGCGAUAUUGCCUGGGUCAAAAAAUUUGGCAACGGAGAUCCCAACACAUCAGAAGGCGGAGCUUUCUCGCGAUGAAGCUGCUGGGUACGAAGAAUACCGGCCAUCUGGGACCGAACAAGACCAGGAUCAGGUCAAGGAGCUCGAAAGUGAAAGACGGCGCUCGUCAAUUGCAGAGUCUACAGAGAGCACUGGCGAGCGUGCGAAGCCCAAGAGUAGGAGCAUGAGUUUGGGUCAAGCACCAUUCGCUACUUUGGGCAGGACCCUCUCCGGGAAGUCGCAUUCUCGUAAUGAAGACUCGGAAAGUCCUAAGGAACCUAAAGAACCUUCGAAAAUUUCUACCACGUUUAAGGAUGCAUGGGGUGCCAUGACUGGAAGGCGCCGCAGUAGCCAUGCUGAGCCAAAAUCCGAGGAGUUCCAAGACACGGUUUUCAACAAGAAACUGGAACAGGAACAUGGCAAGGUACCAGGUGCGGAAGCAGAUAAGGGUGCCUUCUCGAGCGAGUCUCCUGAAACUAAAGCUAAACGUAAUAUAGCUAUCACCAAUACAGAGGAGUAUCGCAUGAAACACUCCCGGGAGAUGCCUAAACCUUUAAUUGAAUCUGACUGGGGGGAGAAUGAGGAUGCUUAUGCACGUGAAGUGGGUAACCGGCCAAGUCUUGUUGACCCUCACGAGCUUACCUACGGGGCUGUUGGCAGGAGGAAGUCAUCUGCUAGUGAAGGCCAGCCAGCGUACGUAGCUCUAGGGUCGCACGGUAAGAGGAAUGUGUCAAUUGGUUCUGAUGCUGAGGUGGGUCAGAUGAUGGAUCCUGCACAGGUUCCAAUUACGGAAGAGCCUUUAGAAUAUGAUCGUACUCCUCGCAGUGCCAAAUUUAGCGAAUUGAAGGAGAAACAUAUUGACCAACGUAUCAGAACAGAGGCACAUGACCGUCCUUCCAAUGCGGCCGCGACCUAUGCCCGGGGAACUUAA